AAGGCGUAAAUUUUAAAAUUUGAAACGGAAAAAUUCUUUUUAUAUAAACUAAAUUUAGGAAUUAAGGUCAUUUGUUGCAGGGCGAUAUAUGUUUCUGUCUUCUACUGCGACGAAAUCUGGUGGUUUACGGCUCGGUAUUCGAGCAAAUCAGCAAAAUACAGUGGCGAGACGUACUUUUUAGCGACGAUUAAGUGAAAAAUGAUAUUUUUCCAGCCGAAUUUUCUAUUAACUUUAUUAACGACACUUGUCACGCGCUGUCGUUGUCUAAUUGCCAAACAGAAACCGACGCAAUCGAGGAUAAAUCGUUACUUUUUACAAAGCGCAGAAUCUAGAUUAUUGUAAAAACAGCUCGAUUCCGUCUUCGGCACGUAAAUAGUCCGCUUUAGCCUAUCGAGUUUGUAGUAAAACUUAAUUAUUAAAUUUUCUUUCUCGACCAAAUCGAAUGGUGAUAAAGCGAACGGCGAAGCGACGGAGAAGAUCUGUAAAAAAUUGAAAUAAUAUUCCGCCAAAUGCGUAAGAAAAGCCGUAAAAUCGUGCCUAAAUAUUACGGUGGAGCGACCUAAAAAAAGAACACGCCUGGGGAUUUUUGCAAAUUGAGGCGUCAAGUGUUCUGGCAGAAAUACGCCCGCCUCUAAAAGAAUGUAGAAUUUUCGUUGGAUAAAUCGAACAAUUAUUAAUUUCGUAAGACCGAGUUUAUGGCUUCAUAGAAACAUUAUAAAGUCGCCCGAAUGACCUUGAGUGACAGACUGUUGCGGAUAUGUUUUAUUCAUUUUUAGCUUCGGAAAUUCUGCCAUUUUAAAAUAAAAAUCGUCUGGAAUCUUUCUUCUCCAUCGUCCUUCCUGUUUUAUCACGUGACGAUUAGAUAUUUCGCUUUUUGGCCGGAGCAACGAGUGGGGGUCAGAGAUGUGGGCCCGACUCGUUAGGGACGGAAGAAUCUCUACCGACGUUAAUUGUUUCCGAAGUCAAGCGGCGUUAGAAAAUGGAAAAAAAAUAAUCUGCCUUCCGAACGUCGAUAAAUUGCAUUAUUUACUAGGAAAUGUAAGAGAAUUUGGAAUUUAUCCAGUAGGUAGGGUGUAAGAAUCGAGAAAAGAAAAGUCGUCAUCGGACGUCGCGGCGUGGGACGUCCACCACGUGGGUGCGUCCUAUCUAAACAUCUGUUAGAGAAAUGUCACCUUGCGGCGCUUGUAUAACGACCCGAGAGAGAUCCGUCCCUUUAGCCACGGUGGACGGGCCUCCGAUAAUCGAAAUGUCGGCUAAUUCGCCUCUUAAACGCGGCGCCCCGAAGGAGCGGGUCGGUUAGGCGAAUACGGCCGUUCUUUCUCUUCGACGCCCUUCCCUACAAUUCGUUAAUUAGAUAAAAGCCAAACCAUUCAUUUAGAGCGGUCGAGCCAGGCCAACAUUUCGCACUUUCCGAGCUUCCGGACGGAAAUGGACGACGAAAGCUGCACCAGGGAAAUAAAUAACAGCUAAAUCGGCCUUCAAAAUGCCCGGAAGCCUUCUGAGUGUAAAUCGCAAAGUAAAGAGACAGGAUUCCACUCGUUCCGACGUAUCCACUUACAGCAACGACUCUAAGAAGAAAGUCAGUUUCAACAAAGCGGUAAGGGUCAAGAAGUACACCAGGUCGGAGGAGGGAGACAAAGACGUAGGAGGGGGAAGGAGAUUUUGGUUCAAAGUGUACAAAGAUGUCGACCCGGAUUUAUGGCAAGAGUAUUCGGGAGACGACGACAAAUAUCGUUCGGACGAUAAAUUAAAAACCAUCGACGAAUUUUCCACCGUAAAUCGGGCGGAGGAGCCGGAAAAAAGGAACAACGUUCGAAGCAUGGUAGAGAAGUUUAACCGAGAAGCCGCCCACCGGGAAGAAGACGAUACGUUGACCAAGCAGAAAAAAAAUUACAUUUUAAACGGCGUGAAAGCGCUCUUCAAUUCGUCCUCCCUCAGAAAUAAGAAGCCAAGUCCGUCGGUCCGAGACAGAAAUUUGGAGAAUUUGUUCCUGAACCAAAGUUACGACCGCCUCCUCUCUAACCGGCACGAGCUGGGAAAUAACAGAAUCGGCAGAAUUCCGGAAGACUACGAAGGAAAUGUGAGACGGGCGGGGGAAGACGUUAGAAAAUGGGAAAGCGGCGAUCGCUUAAUAUUGGACGCCACGCGAAACGAAAAGUCGGUGGAGCAGUCGGAUAACGGACGGUGGAGCAGAACGGUGCAAGAGAGAGAUCGGAUUUGGGAAAACGUCACUCGAACCGUCACCUACGCCAAAGAGGUGGAAAAACCGCGGACCGAGUCCGACGGCGCGUGUCGGUGGCGCGGAGACGGAGCGGCGCGACCUAACGCGGCCGCGAAAAGUUUGGAUAGUUAUAAAGUCGCCCGUCCCAAAAACGGAACGACACGGGCUUACGGCGACGUCCCUCUACCGGACAAAGAUAAACGUCAAAUAAAUAAAAGCGGGUGCUCCAGAGACCGCUGUUACGGAAACGCCGAAAACAGAAGUAGAAGAGAGUGCGCCCGGCAGAAAUCGGAGCGAGACAGUCGGCGGGCGGGAAAGAUCUCUUCCAGGGAAUCGUCGCCUUUUAAUAAAUCCGAUUCUUCCGAUUACCGCCGAGAAUAUUCCGCUCCGGGGAACUCCGGGCGCCGGAACCGAAAGACGGACGACGCUCCCACCAUCCAGAACGUUAGGAUUACCGUCAACGGGGAAGAGGUGGACGGUCGAAGUCCGCGGGGAGGACUGGCCGCCGCCUUUAACCACCGCCAGAGAGCGCGGAGUUCCGGUUCCGGGUCGGAGGCGGAAUCCACCCACCGACACAAAACGGUGUUUUUAUACAUACCGGGGAUAAGUCACCGACAGACAAGCGCACGGACGGACGAGGAAUCCGCCUCCACCCUCAAAGGGAGACCUCCCAAAUAUCGUUACCGCGGAAACAGAGCCGGAGACCCGUCGGAUUUCGAUUCGACCGAAGAAUUAUCGGACGGGCGUCGUUUCACCUAGGCCCGGGGCAUGGCCGACGGCCUUUUUACCUCUUUUCGCAGCGUAACAACGGGCACGGGCUUUACCGCCGACUCUAAACGUUAGGAAAGAAAAAGUUUCUCCCCAAAACGGAAUUGCCCAGUAAUCUCUUGGCUUUAAACUUUUAACUACCGUAUUUACGCGUUGGGUUCGGCCGCGGCGUAAAGGUAUCCGUCCGAGCUUCUAAGGCUUUUAAUUAUUUAAUAAACGAGGCCGCCGGCAUAAACCUUUUCUUAGAACAAUAAAACAAUCGGAUAAUGGUUUUGCCGCCGAGAGCGACCUCGAAUUAACGGCCGUAACAAUAAUGUGUAGUAAGUCGGUCGGCUAAUUUUGUACCGAAUGAGUUUAAAAAUAUAAUAAAUGCGCUUUUUUGUUUUUC